AUGGUCGCGAGUGAGGAAGCAGGAGAAAAAUUAAUGGAGAGAGAGGAAAGGAGCGGAACAACUCGUGAACUCAGCACGGACAAAGGAGCGGACAGAGGAUGCACGAUGGACAUUGGAAGGCGUGGAUUCAGCGAGGGAAAGGAAGUUAAGGGCAGAAGCCCAUGUCAAAGGGAAGGUCGAAUAAAAUUCCUGGAAUUAAGUGUGUGUAUCAUUGGCUGGUGGUAG